CUGCGCCGGGCCUGUGUGCCCGCGGGGACUGCCCACGUCAUGGCCAGACCACCCGCCCCGGGCUCGGUGAUUGUCCCCGACUGGCACGAAAGCGCCGAGGGCAAGGAGUACCUGGCCUGCAUCCUGCGCAAGAACCGCCGGCGGGUGUUUGGGCUGCUCGAGCGACCAGUGCUUCCCCCCGCUGUGGCCGUUGACACGGCCAGCUACAAGAUCUUCGUGUCCGGGAAGAGUGGUGUGGGCAAGACGGCGCUGGUGGCCAAGCUCGCCGGCCUGGAGGUGCCCGUGGUGCACCACGAGACCACUGGCAUUCAGACCACCGUGGUGUUCUGGCCGGCCAAGCUGCAGGUCAGCGGCCGCGUCGUCAUGUUCCGCUUCGAGUUCUGGGACUGCGGGGAGUCUGCGCUCAGAAAGUUCGACCACAUGCUGCCGGCCUGCGAGGAGAAGACAGACGCCUUCCUCUUUCUCUUCUCCUUCACCGACCGCGCCUCCUUCGAGGACCUCCCUGCCCAGCUGACCCGCAUAGCAGGCCAGGCUCCCGGUGUCGUCAGGAUGGUCAUUGGCUCCAAGUUUGACCAGUACAUGCACACGGACGUGCCUGAGCGUGACCUCACGGCCUUCCGGCAGGCCCAUGAGCUACCCCUCCUGCGGGUAAAGAGUGUGCCCGGGCGGCGGCUGGCAGAUGGGCGCACGCUGGAUGGGCGGGCCGGGCUGGCCGACGUUGCCCACGUGCUCAAUGGCCUGGCGGAGCAGCUGUGGCACCAGGACCAGGUGGCAGCAGGAGUGCUUCCCGACCCCACAGAGGACACCCCUGGCUGACAUGAGUGGGCACCUAUGGUCGUUACUCUUUACCCUCGGGUGACCCAGAGCAGGGGACAGUACCCAGGACCUAGGUCUGGGGCAGGAAUGUUGACUUCAUCCUGAGGACUGUCAGGGAGGAAGGUGGCCUGUGAAGACUCUUCCCCAGCAGCACUUCCCUGCAGAACUCAUGGCAUGAGGUGGGGGUCCAGGGCUUUGUGGGCAGUGGUUUGAGGGCCCUGGCCUUCUCCCUUGGUCCUGGGGGUCCAGGCUCUGGAAGCUGAAGAACUAGCAUGGUCAGGGCCCCAAGACUCAAGCAUCUCCCCAAACCUCCUGCUGUCCCUCCCCUUCUGAAGCAUAUAGGGAAGGCAACUGGGGAGUCAGGGGUCUCAGCUGGGCCCUGGACUCCAAGUGACUUCAAUCAAGGGCCCGUAUGACAGGGUGGGGCAAAAGUAGGUUUACAGUUGUUCCUAUGGAAAAUAAGGC